CAGAGUCUGGUAUGGACCGGAAGUUAGACCGGAAGGAGGAAAUGACUAAUGUAGCUAGCUGGUAGCUAACCAUGAAUAUAUUAUUUAGUGUACAGGUAAAUAUUGUCAAUAAUUCCUCAGGUUUCUAUCAAACUGUAACGUUAGUAACAAGCUAGUGUCCCAAAGAGCCUUCUGCUGAUUUGAGGUAAUGCGGAUAGACAGAAGAAUCUAACCCGGGAGAUGGCCGGGAAGAAAGAAGAUGCUUAUGUUGAUAGCUAGCUAGCUUAGUUUGGUAGUGUGUGAAAUGUGUCCGAUAUCAUUUGAUGUCGUUUAAAUUAGACUUUGAUAUUGCCCAACUCGGACUAUAUACGUGGAGCUAGCGAUGUUUUCAACGACCAUUUCAUAUAGUUUUGUUAUCUGGUCUAGGAAAGUAAAUUAUCUAGCUACCGUUGGCCUAGCUAGAUAGCUAACUGAGUUGUAUGGAAAGUAAUCCGCUAACUAAUGUGACCUCGUGGUGAACUGUCGGGGAUUUGAGAAGAAUCUGCUUUAAUUUAAUUGAGUGACCCAACUCUUUCAUAGGAAACUAUUUCUGAAGAAUUCACGAUGAAUGAGGAUUCUGCUGACCCAUCCAACCCCCCUCUCUUCUGCUCCACUGAACCUAAUCCUCCAGAGUCACUGGUUCCUGACUCUAACCAUAGGGACAUUGACAACUGCAGUGAAAUACCCAGAUUUAACAUUGUAGUCAAGGAGGAGGAAGACUGGGACGUGGAUAAUACUGCAGAGAGACCUGACCACUGCUCUGAGAGCGAAGGGAGUCCCUCUACAUCAGGACUACCCGAACAACACCAGGGGAAUCACACAGCUAAGAAGAUUCACUGCUGUUUGCUGUGUGGAAAAAACUGUCACAAGUUAUCAAAACUACAAAUACAUAUGAGAACUCACACAGGAGAAAAACCUUACUCCUGCUCUGUCUGUGGGAAGCAAUUCAGUGAGAAAGGAAACCUGAAAAAACACCAGACGUUGCACACAGGAGAGAAAUUGUACAGUUGCUCCGUGUGUGGGGAAAGUUUCUCUUCAUCGUCAAAUCUUACCAAACACCAAAGAACGCACACAGGAGAGAGUCAAGUGUCUGUAGCUGUAGAAGAGUCUGGUCUUUCACCAGCACUGGUUAUCAAAGUGAAAGAGGAGGAAGAGGAUCCUGCUUUUGCAGAGAGACCUUACCACUGCUCUGAGAGCGAAGGGAGUCCCUCUACAUCAGGACUACCUGAACAACACCAGGGGAAUCACACAGCUAAGAAGAUUCACUUUUGUUCAGUGUGUGGAAAAAACUGUCACAAGUUAUCAAAACUACAAAUACAUAUGAGAACUCACACAGGAGAAAAACCUUACUCCUGCUCUGUCUGUGGGAAGCAAUUCAGUGACAAAGGAAACCUGAAAAAACACCAGACGUUGCACACAGGAGAGAAGCUGUACAGUUGCUCCGUGUGCGGGGAGAGUUUCUCUUCAUCGUCAAUUCUUACCAAACACCAGAGAACGCACACAGGAGAGAGUCAUGGUCUGACACCAGCACUGGUUAUUAAAGUGAAAGAGGAGGAGGAGGAUCCUGCUUUUGCAGAGAGACAUGACCACUGCUCUGACAGUGAAGGGAGUCCCUCUACAUCAGUACUACCUGAACAAAACCAUGGGAAUCAUACAGCUAAGAAGAUUCACUGCUGUUCAGUGUGUGGAAAAAACUGUCAGAAGUUAUCAAAACUACAAAUACAUAUGAGAACUCACACGGGAGAAAAACCUUACUCCUGCUCUGUCUGUGGGAAGCAAUUCAGUGACAAAGGAAACCUGAAAAAACAUCAGACUGUGCACACAGGAGAGAAGCUGUACAGUUGCUCCGUGUGUGGGGAGAGUUUUUCUUCAUCGUCAAAUCUUACCAAACACCUGAGAACGCACACAGGAGAGAGUCAAGUGUCUGUAGCUGUAGAAGUGUGUGGUCUUUCACCAGCACUGGUUAUCAAAGUGAAAGAGGAGGAAGAGGAUCCUGCUUUUGCAGAGAGACCUGACCACUGCUCUGAGAGCGAAGGGAGUCCCUCUACAUCAGGACUACCCGAACAACACCAGGGGAAUCACACAGCUAAGAAGAUUCACUGCUGUUUGCUGUGUGGAAAAAACUGUCACAAGUUAUCAAAACUACAAAUACAUAUGAGAACUCACACAGGAGAAAAACCUUACUCCUGCUCUGUCUGUGGGAAGCAAUUCAGUGACAAAGGAAACCUGAAAAAACACCAGACGUUGCACACAGGAGAGAAGCUGUACAGUUGCUCCGUGUGCAGGGAGAGUUUCUCUUCAUCGUCAAUUCUUACCAAACACCAGAAAACGCACACAGGAGAGAGUCAUGGUCUGACACCAGCACUGGUUAUUAAAGUGAAAGAGGAGGAGGAGGAUCCUGCUUUUGCAGAGAGACAUGACCACUGCUCUGACGGUGAAGGGAGUCCCUCUACAUCAGGACUACCUGAACAACACCAGGGGAAGCACACAGCUAAGAAAAUUCACUGCUGUUCAGUGUGCGGACAAGACUGCAAAAAGUUAUCAAAACUGAUAAUACAUAUGAGAAUACACACAGGAGAAAAGCCUUACCCUUGCUCUGUGUGUGGAAAGCAGUUCCGUGUAAAAAGACAUCUUCAAGACCACCAGAAAGUGCACACUGGAGAGAAACCUUAUGUCUGCUCCAAAUGUGACAAGAGUUUUGGUUUCGCUUCAGCCUUGAAAAGGCACCAGUGGUUACACACAGAAGAGAAGCCUUACUCCUGCUCUGUGUGUGGGAAGGGUUUUAGCUUACAAUCACGCAUGAAGGAACACUUCCUGAUGCACUCAGGAGAGAAACCCCACUCCUGCUCUGUCUGUGGAAAGAGUUUCAGCCGUCCAGAUCAGUUAAAGGACCACUCUCUGCAACACGCAGGGAAACCCCACCACUGUUCUAUGUGUGAGCAAAGCUUUGCCUUGUCUAAACAACUCCUGAAGCAUGAGAAGACUCACACAGGAAAGAGACCUUACAGUUGCUCUGUAUGUGGGAAGAGUUUCAGCGAGAAGGCGUAUCUUGAAGACCACCGGUCAGUGCACACUGGAGAGAAACGACAUCCUUGCCCUGAUUGUGACAAGAAGUUUGGAUGUGCUUCAUCCCUGCGUAAACACAGACUGUUGCACAUAGAAGGGAAAUCCCACUCCUGCUCUGUGUGUGGGAAGAGUUUUUCUGAAGCACGUAACUUGAAGGAGCAUUUCCGGACACACACUGGAGAGAAACCUUACUCCUGCUCUGUCUGCGAGAAGAGUUUUGCAAGAUCAGCAAGCCUUAAAGUCCACCACAGAUAUCAUACAGGAGAGAAACCCUACAGCUGUGCUAAAUGUGGCCAGAGCUUCAUUAGUUCUCAAAAACUUCAGAGACACCAGAAAUCUCAUGCUGGUUUACCACCUGUUGAGUUUCAAAACCCUGUAACAAUUGAAGGAGAGAGGGAGGGAGAAGAUGAGGAAGUUGGUGGUCUGAUUCAUUCAGAUGGAGAAGAGGUUGGUUGGGAUCUUCAUCGUCUCGACGAGAGUUCGGAGGGGAGAGCCUCUACAUCAGGAAAACCUAAAGAAACCUAGGGGAAUCUCAAAGCUCAGAGAUAGUUGCUCUGUGUGUUGGAAAGACUGGCAAUGGUUAUUUGAUCUGAAAAGACACAUGACAAGUGGCCAGAGAUUUACCACUUCUCAGAGUCUUGGGAGAGAGAAGAAGAGACACCACAGCCCACUUCCUGAGGAGGACCAGGCUGGCGGGAUCAAGACUGAAGAGCACUCCAAUAGUAUCAUAGAUGAAGAGGAGGAGGCAACCUCUUAUGUCAACGGUAGCACGGGGGAAACAAGAACUAGCCCUAAACAUCUUGACGUAAAAGAUAUACAGUGCAGUCGGAAAGUAUUCAGACCCCUUGACAUUUUACACAUUUUGUUACGUUACUGCUUUAUUUUUAAAAUUAAUUACAUAGUUUUUUCCCUCCUCAUCAACAUUCACACAAUACCCCAUUAUGACAAAGCAAAAACAGGUAUUUUUUUUCUGGAAAUGUCACAUUUACAUACAGUUUAAGUCGGAAGUUUACAUACACCUUUGC